AACAACAUGUCUGUCAUGGUUAACUAUAGCGUGCUUUUAUUUGUUUUCAUUCUUCCUUGCGAUUCUUUUACCAUUUUAAAUAAAGGAGACAAAUGUUCUUUGCAAGAUGGCGUCGGAGGCAAGUGCAAACUUAUAAAGGAAUGUCCGACCGCUAUGCAGCUGAUAGAGACAGGAGUUUUUCCGGUUAUAUGCGGAUACGAAGGAACUGAAUCAAUUGUGUGUUGCAAGGAAGAUGAAGGUAGUGAAAAUUAUCAAUACCACCACGACACCUAAUCCAGCUAUUAGCAGAACACCUGGAGAUAUAAGCAAACAAAGUAUAAUAUUAGUUUAGUCGCGUUAAUAACAUUAAAAGAAUUUAAUUUUUUGUACGAAUAAUAAAAAUUAGAACUA